AUGGUAGCAAUACGCCUGAGGCAUCCAAAAGGGGUCACGACGCUCAAUCUUGAUCCUGAUCAUCAGACCGUGGAAGACCUACGAGCCAUUCUCUUUUCAACCACAGAGAUACCUCCAUAUCUUCAAGAGAUCAAAUAUGGCUAUCCUCCUAAGGCUAUCCCACCUGAAGUGUCGACACUCGCUGCAAUUCCCAUCGGGAGAGGAGAUCAAAUCAUCGUGACAGCUCUCGCUGAGCCUCCUGUCCAAUCGUUCAGUCCCGCUGCUCCUUCUGUCAAGCGACAAAACGAAGCUGUCUCUGCUCCCAAAGCGGACGAACGACCAAGAGACACUCAACAGGACAACGAAACUCCCGCAGAGAGCUCGCAUAGCGUUCGCGUUCCAGGGGAUGGUGGAUUCCUGCAACUUCGAGUGGUACCGGAUGAUAAUUCGUGUCUGUUCAGUGCAGUAUCGUUGGUAUUCGAGGGCGGGAUGGAGCAUGCACAGAAGCUCAGAAGAGUGGUUGCAGAUGCGAUUCGCAGCGAUCCACACACCUACUCAGAUGUCGUCCUUGGGUCAAGUAGAGACACCUACAUGAAGAAGAUCUUGGAGCCAAACACGUGGGGCGGAGCUAUAGGCAGGUCUUAUCAGGCCGUGGAGAAGACCAUACUGAUCCUCCGGUUCACAGAGCUUGCAGCGCUGUCCAAACACUACAAGACAGAGAUCUCAUCAUACGAUGUUCAGAGCGCCAGAUGUGAUAGGUUUGGUCAAGAUGAAUAUGAUUCUCGUUGCUUACUGGUCUACUCUGGAAUACAUUACGAUGCCGUCUCACUCUCACCAUUACCAGUGUCCCCGGCAUCAUUUCACGCCACUGUAUUCCCCACUUCGGACCAGAAUAUCUUGUCUGCAGCAGAGCAACUGGUCACUCGACUGCAAUCUGAACACUAUUACACUGAUACCGCAGCUUUCGAUCUGCGAUGUUCAGUCUGCAAGGUGGGCCUCAAGGGGGAGAGUGGAGCUCGAGAGCAUGCCAGGCAGACUGGUCAUGUUGAGUUCGGAGAAUAUUGA